AUCUUCCUGUCUUGUAGUAAAAUCAUGAUCACUAUCCUAUUUUUCUUGGUUUGUUUUGAAUUCAGCAAUGGUGUGAAUGUGAGAUCCUCUGAAGGGAGGAAAGGGCAGUGGCAACUGCUCCUCAACAACACUGGUGUGGUUGGCAUGCAUGUGGCUUUAACCUACAAAGACACAGUCAUAAUGUUUGAUCAAACUGGAGCUGGCCAAUCCGGUUACCGACUUCGCCGACGCUUCAACGGAAGUCGGUGCACAAUAAACCACCAUGAUUUGUUGGACUCAACAUGUUAUGCUCAUUCUGUGGAGUAUGACAUCAGUGCCAACAAAGUGAGACCUCUGAGGCUUGACACCGAUCCUUGGUGCUCCUCUGCCUCAUUCCUAAGCAAUGGUACACUUUUGCAAACAGGUGGAUUUGAAAAAGGUGCCAAAAGGGUCAGAUUCUAUAGGCCUUGUGGGAAUCACCAAUGUGAUUGGAUUCAAUCAAAGAAAACACUAUCUGAUGAGAGGUGGUAUGCUUCAAGUCAGAUACUACCAGAGCAUAACAGGGUGGUGGUUGUUGGUGGAAGAAGAGUUUUCACAUAUGAAUUUGUACCAAAAACUAGUCCUGGUGAAAAAUCCUUUGACCUUCCAUUCUUGCACCAAACCAAUGACAGGGAUGGAGGAGGGAACAACCUCUAUCCCUUCCUCCACCUCUCAUCUGACGGAAACUUGUUCGUUUUCGCCAACCGUGAUUCGAUCUUACUCAACCUGAGAAGGAACAGAGUGAUCAAGACCUUCCCUCGGAUUCCGGGGGAAGGGUCAAGAAACUACCCAAGCUCAGGUUCAUCUGUGAUGCUCCCAUUAGACCACAGAGAUAACUUCCAAAAAGUGGAAGUUAUGGUGUGUGGAGGCUCAUCCAUUGGAGCACUUGAAGCUGCUAGAAAAGGCCGAUUCUUAGAAGGUUUAAGAUCAUGUGGAAGAAUGGUGAUCACAGGGAACAACAACAAGUGGGAAAUGGAGUACAUGCCUAAGCCGCGUCUUCUUCAUGACAUGUUGAUUCUCCCUACUGGUAACAUUCUUAUCAUAAAUGGGGCUAAACAUGGUUGUGCAGGGUAUGAAAAUGCUAGAAACGCUUCACUUGAGCCUUACCUUUAUAGCCCCAACAAAAAGCUAGGAAAAAGGUUCACAAUGCUUAAAUCCACUAAGAUAGCUAGAAUGUAUCACUCAUCGGCAACUCUUCUUUCUGAUGGGAGGGUUUUGGUUGCGGGUGGUAACCCUCAUGGGAGGUACAUUUUUCACAAUGUGGCAUACCCAACUGAAUUGAGACUUCAAGCAUUUGUUCCACACUACAUGGAAAGUAGGUACCAUAAUUGGAGGCCAAGUAACAUGACGAUAUAUGGCGGUGGUGGAAGCCAUGCAAUUGGGUAUGGGAAAGAGUUUAGAGUUGAGUUCUUCCUUGAGAAGAGGAUGCAAAACAAUGAGGUGGGGUUCAGCGCCUAUGCGCCGCCGUUCACCACGCAUUCGUUCGCCAUGAAUCAGAGGAUGCUGAAGCUGAGGUGCAAGAGCUUGGAUAGAAAAGGUGGUGGGUGGGUUGUUGCAGUGUUGGAAGCACCACCAUCGCCCAAUGUUGCACCUUCUGGUUAUUACUUGCUCACUGUUGUGAAUGGUGGGAUUCCAAGCAUGUCUCAAUGGGUUCAGUUUGCACACGCCUAGGAUUGUCUUUGUUCAAUACUUCAGUUCCAACAUACUAAAUACUAUCUUACUAUAAUUUGUUUCUUAUAAUAAGGAACAUAGGAGGUAGUACUAGUUAAUGAAGAAAUUUUCUUAUAGGAAGAAACAUGACUGGAACGCUAAUUUAUGUAGGAGCAAAAUGAUAUAGUUAAUUCUGCAUGAAUUAGAAACUCAAAUUGUAAGCCAACAAAAUAAUUUGAAGUGUAUUCAG